CGCAACCUCAACUUCAACCUCAACUUUCCCGCAACCCUACCAAAUUAUCUGAUCCGCACGUCUUGGAUGAUUACUUGAUCUCAACACCAACACCAAUAUACUACUAACUAGUACCACGCAGAACAUUCCACAGCCAUCAUGGCUUCAGAAGAUCAAGAUAUCCUUGCGAGAAUUAGCCAGCUCGCAGGUGAGCCCGCCACCCCCUCUGUUUGCGAGUCCCAGCUAAUCUUCCAAAAAGGUAAAAUCAAUCGGCAUAAAAACGACCAAACACCAGACUCUCCAGGGCGCCCCAUGCUACCCCAGAGAAGUAAUAGAUACUUAAGUGAGAACCUCGCCCUCAGAAUCGCAAUCACCACAACUGAUAAAGCUCGAGGUUACCCCCAAGCAAACACAGGAUGGAGACCAGGUCGAGGAGGUCAUUCAUCGAGAGGCUAUCGAGGUGGAAAACCGCCGGCGGUCCAUAGAAAUCGUACCCUCGUCCUCAAUUCUGGGUCAUCGACCCCUCCAACCCUGGAGGCGAAUGAUAUGGAUAUCCAAAAUGCUGCCAGUUUCACCUCAAAUACCGCCAGUACUGGUCCUUCCUGGGUCACGAAACAGGAUCGACAUCUUCAACUCAUCAACACAUCUAUUUUUGAAAAGGAUAGCCAAGUCAGAGCUAAGGCUAUGGAGGAAACACGAAAGCAGAAGAUUAUGGAACGCGACGCGCGAGAAAAGGCAAAGCUAAGUAGGCAUCUGCAUCGUGUCGCUGCAGGCCCUCAUAGUGGUGCCGGUGCUUAUCCUCGCUCUGCUUCUGCUCCUUCGACGUAUGAGAUCAAUAUUCAAGGAAUACAAUUUCGUGUUGCAAAGAACGGCAGCAAAUUACUAAAGACCCCUGGUGAGAGAUUGCCCUCGGUGAUGGCUUAUAGAGGAGAUAAGUUUUCUGUGCCAGUUUGGAGCUUACCGUGCGAAGGCGACCUCAAUGCCGCCAAAGCCACCCCAAAGUCUGCAUUUGUUGGCGGAGUUAAAUUUCAUCGAAGCAAAAACGGCAAUAUGUAUCGUUCUGCAAUCAUCAAGGCUCACCGGUACGAACACCCGUCAACCGCUUUAUCACCGAGGCCAAGACCGCGGAGUAGUACUAAUCCUUUCAAUUUUAGGAGAACUGCCGUCGUCAAGAAGAUCAAUGAACCAUGCAAGAUGUUCACUACUACGGGUACCUCCAUUUCUUUAGUCCUUUGGUUAUCGUAAUAUAAGUAGACGGGUAAGGGACUUGGUUUUCAGCUGACAAUCAACUUAUGUAGGUUCGUGUUCCAAAGGUCCCAGAUGUCGGUACAAUCACGAUCCUUCCAAAACUGCAGUCUGCAAAGAAAUUCUUUUGAAGGGGGUAUGUCCAAGUGGAGAGGCUUGUGAUUUAUCACAUGAAUUGACCCCUGAGCGAACACCUGCUUGCUUGCAUUUUGCCAAAGGAAAUUGCUCUAACCCAAAUUGUCGUUAUACUCAUGUCCGAGUCUCCCCUAAUGCACAUGUCUGCCGAUCUUUCGGAAUUUACGGAUAUUGUGACAAGGGAACUGGAUGUGAGGAACGUCAUGUUCAUGAAUGCCCCGAUUUCAGCAACACAGGCACAUGUACUACGAAGGGAUGCAAGCUUCCCCAUCGAUACAAGGCGAGCGUCAUGCGCGGUAAUACAAAUCGUGGGGAAGCUUCAGGGGAGGAUGGAAGCAGCGAUUUAUCGAGUGAUGACGACGAAGACGCAAUCGAUAGCGACGACGUUGAUUCCGAUGAAUUUGAGGAGUUUUGGGGUGAUGAGGAUGGACCAGAUGUUGAUGCCAUGCAGCAAGACUAUGUCCAAUUGGCAUAAAUCACUAACCACGGAGCAUUUUCUUUACCUUUAACGGUGUUGAUACCCGAGACAGUAUAUCUUAGGUAGCCGGAUUGCGCAUAUACGCCAUCAGAUUCUUUGUUUUUUGUUUUUCCAUGAAUGAUUGCUAUCCUACCGGAUUGGAAGGAAUCACAGUUUACUCCGUCGCAAGGGUUUGCUUGGUGUUUAUGGUGAUAUUUGGAGGAAAUACCCCAGCAUCGGAGCUUGCAAGGCUCGAUGGCAAGAUGAAGGAGAGAGAGAAGAAGAAGAAAAAAAAGGGGAAGAAUAGACCAGAAUUAUUAAUAGAUAAGAUUUUCA